CUCUCAAAGCCGCCCUCGUCAGCGCCGUUAACCCCCUCCCACUACCUCUGCACUGCCUGGUGAAUAAUUGACGAGCCCCCACCUCCCCUCUCCUCGCCCCCGUGUGUCUCUUUCCAUCCCUCUGUCUUUGUGGUGUCGCUCGUCAGCUUCCUCUCCGAGCCGUGACAACCAGCGCCUCCACCCUCGCCUCCAUCAUGUCCACUUUCCAUCUGCCGCCAGCUGAAUGUUGACGACUGUCAGGAGGCGAAACAGACGGAAACUCAGGAGCAGCUGCAGGUAAGACAAAACUUCAAACAUCACGACAAUAACGGAGGUUAACAGUUUAAAUAGUUUUAGAAAUAGGCAGAAGAAUAUCUCAUGGUGCUCUUCUUAUCUUCAUCUGUUAACCAUCGCAGCUGUAGUGUCGACUGAUUCUGAGAUUUCACGGAAGAAAAGGGUCUUUAAGAUAAAAAUAUUGGAUCAGGAUCUUUGAGAAAGACCAGAAUAAAAAGAAAGAGGUCUUAAAAAGCCUUUGUUUUUUAUUGGGAAUCAAAAGUUAAUGCCUUUGAUCUCACAAGCAAACAGAAAGAGUUUUUAACGCCUUUAACACGGUGUCCAACUUUGAACUUGUCACAUUAGAAACAUGAUCAUGUAGACGUAUCAGGGCUUGUAAAGGUCUAAAUAGAAACUGAUUAAAAAAAUUCUUUAGGAAAAAAAAACAAUGCAUCUAUUUUGUUAAAUUUUCUAAAAUCAAAAUUCUCUUUAAUGCAUUUUUUAGAGCAUAUGACAGUUGAGAAAAUAUUUUUUAAGGUUUUAAAACUGUGUGUACUCUUAUGGUUGAAUAAGAAACCAGGCUGAUGUAAAGACGAAUGUGUUUACUGUACGUGUAAGUCUAAGUACUGAAACUUAGAUGACAAACACAUGAAAACAUGUCGUAGUCGUGAACUCACAGAAGACUUAAAGGAUGUUUACUGGAAUAGAUCCAUACGGUGCCCCAGCAGCGCUCCUAUAUGUGUGCGUUGACAUGUGAUCCUAAAUGAUCAUUCUGAGGAAGUCAGAAACUAUAAAAGUCAGCAGCUUUACAUGCAGGAUCAUCCAAAGACAAUUUAAGAUUAUAAUGUUUGAAACUUCUGCUAUGGGAAAGAACCGUCCUUGGUUUAUUCUACAUUAUGAUGUUGUAUGAAGUUGGUCUCUAAUCCCCGUUUCUUUACAUUUCCAUAGAGCUGUGAAACCAUGAAGGAGCUGCUGUUCCUCCUCUUCAUGGUGACAGGGGCGACCUCCAGGUCCAACAGCAGCUGGUGCAGGCAGGGCUGUGACUGUCGAGGAGAUCUAAAGUUCACCAUCUGCUCCAGAUCUCACUUUACCCACCUGCCCAACAGACUCCCCCCCACCACUGAGCUCCUGGACCUGUCUGACAACAACAUCUCCAUCAUUCCUGAACACUCCUUCAGUAAAAACCGUAAACUGCGAGUCCUCAUACUGCAGAACAACAACAUCAGCAUAGUGGAGGAUGGAGGCUUCUCUCACCUGGAGUUCCUGCAGAAACUGGAUCUGAGCUGGAACCGGAUCUCCACCCUGACCGAAGGAUUCUCUCUUGGGUUGGCGUUCCUGCGGGAGCUGCAGCUGGCCCACAACCGCCUGACAAGCCUGGACAGCAGGAGCUUCAUGCACCUGGAUGGCCUGCAGAGGUUAAACCUCACCUGCAACGGCAUUCACACCAUCCAGGUGAGGUCCUUCUCCUCCAUGAGUACUUUGAGGCAGCUCCACCUGCAGGACAACCAGCUGACAGCUCUGAGGAGUGGGAUCUUUUCCAUGCUGCGAUCCGUGGAGGUCCUUAACCUGGCUGGGAACCAGAUCAGAGAGACGGAGAAGGGCGUCUUCAAGCCGCUGACCAGCAUGACGUUACUGAACCUGGCCAACAAUCAGCUGACCAUGGUUAACUUCAAGACGUUCCUGAGCAUCCACACCUACAGCACCCACAUCCUGCUGGAGGGCAACCCCUGGAACUGCGACUGCGACCUGCAAAGAGUUUUCCGGAAGCUGAGGAGCAUCCAGAGGCUCUUCCUGGACGACUACUACAACCUGACCUGCAAGGAGCCGCCUGUCCUCAGAGACUACAGGCUGAUGGACGUGGACACAGAGCUGUGCCUUGCUGAGACUGUAACAGUACUCAUCAUCACCGUUACCGUAGUGAUAACCGUGCUGGCCGCCAUGCUGAUGGGUGAGCGGAAGAGGAAGAAGAAGAAGAAGGGGAAGCACUGGACGCAGCAGGGAGAGCUUUCAGAUGAGUCGGACUAUUAAGAUACUGUUUUCUUUUUUCCUCACCCUGAAAUCAGGAUCCACUUUGUUUAUAUUUUUCUAUUUUCUGACUCAAAGACUGGGAGAAAAAAAAGUCUAUAUUUUUUAAUGAAAGGUGUCUGUCGGCCUUAAAUCCUGUGGAAGGAUCCUCACCUCCUGAAAGAUGUUUGUUUUCAGCGGCUCAUCAUGACAGGAAAAGAAAGGAAAUCAAUUCUGAGGUUCUGAAGUUUCUGCUGAAUAAUAGACACACAAAACUUUUAUCAUCGAGCUUGAGUUGCAUAUUAGUUAAAAAAAAUACUGUAUGUCUCUUUAUGAAAAUAGAUGUGAUGCCUUUGCAGCAGUGGUUGUGCUGUAAUCGCUCAUUCUGUGACUUCAAGUUUGAAAAACAUUAAAUUGAGUGUACUCACUUU